UUUGACCGGCUUCUCCGAGGCUCAGACACAAUGAACCGUCAACGGUGAGGGGCACGAGUGUUUGGCUUGAGUUAUUGGCACGGUUUUAGCAUAUUAUUAUUCUAAAUUGUGCCUCUUCGUUAGUUAAAUAAGCCAUUUCCCGAUUACUGACACACUAUAUGGCGGUUUCAGGGCUCGGCUGGAAACGGUUGGUUCGUCGAGUUUGAUGAAAACGAGGUCAGGCUCAGACUACCGUUAGCCCCUCCUGGCGGAUUCGUUUAUUUACUUUUUUCUAGAUAAAGCCAACAAAACGAGGCAGAUAACAAUGUCGUUGACUGCUUCGUCUGAUUAUUUCGCUGCCGAGUGUCUGGUAUCGAUAUCCAGCGGUCCUGUCCUGCACAGACCCACCCCAGUCGCCCCCGCCAGCCAACCGGCCACGGUGGGCCUGCUCCCCGGGGAGCCCGACGUGUCGAACGAGGACAGGGAAGUGCGGGAGACUCUGAGGCUGGAGGGGGCAAACAUGAUGGCGGUGGCCGGGAUACUGACCGACCUGCACGACAAGUUCCGCCCAAUGUCGGCCUACUCUGAGAGCAGCAACUCCUCGUGUGGAGGCGAGAGCGGCUACACCACGUUGUCGGACCCGACCACCCCUACCAUGACCCCCUCCGCCACCCCGGUGCCCGGACAGCAGCUGAGGGGGGGAGUAGGCGUGGGGGCCCCGCGGUCCCCGGUGAAGCGACACCAGUGCACUUUUGACGGAUGCGACAGAGUUUAUGGGAAAUCCUCUCACCUGAAGGCACACAUCCGGACACACACAGGUGAACGGCCCUUCCCCUGCACCUGGCCCGACUGCGAGAAGAAGUUUGCCCGCUCCGACGAGCUCGCCCGCCACACCCGCACCCACACUGGGGAGAAGCGCUUCCUGUGCCCCCUCUGUGAUAAGCGCUUCAUGCGCAGCGACCACCUGAUCAAGCAUGCCCGCCGCCACCCUGACUUCCAGCCCUCCAUGUUAGGACGCAACAAGGGGGCAUCCUCCUCUCCCAACCCGGCCGUAUACCACUAGGGUGGUUUAGGUUGUGGGAGGGGUUCUACAGGAGCACAGAAAGUCGGGCGGUUUCAAAUUGACCAGCUACAAUCAGUCCACUUUUUAGGAUUUAGCAUCUCUGUGUUGUACUUGAAAACAUACACGCAUACACCGAACUGGAUGUGAGGGGGGAGCAGCUUCAUCCCUCUGUCUAUACACAAGUCAUGUGACCACUAUCCCCUAAUGUAACUAGGGUUGGGUAUCAAGAAACGAUCAAAAUCUUUAAGAAUUGGUUUUUUUUUUUUAAAGAAAUGUGCUUUUUGAUUCCACUUAUCAUCUCCUGAAAGUUUGGACCUACUCCUCUUCAUUGACACGGCCGGUUACACGUGUAUGUUUACAUUGUGAGCUAGCUUUCAAAACAGCUUCACUAACGACAGUUACGAUGCAGUGACAUCUAGUCACUGCAUGAAAGCAAAACAACAUGCAAGGGAACAUGCUUUUUCAUGUCCUGCAUCAUGAAAUUGUGAAACUUGAAUGACAUAUUUUUAGCGUUAAAUUACCUGAUGGGGAUGUUUUUGGUUAAUUUACUGAAAAUCAUUACAGGGCAGAUCAAAGAACUUCAUCACAUUGAUGCAAAACAUCUUUAAAAAAAAAAAAGCCAUAAUGCAGUCCUGCUCACAUUGCCGAGGCUUUAUUUCUCAGAAAGCAAAAGUGAAAAACCAUUCAAAAUAGCACAGCGGAUAAUUGUGUUUUUAACUAAAAAACAAACACUAAAUAAUUUGUCAUUCAUAACAUGUUAUAGGCAGCCUAAACGAUAUGAAGAGAAAUAUAUAUGUUUUCCUACCUCAGGAUUCGAUGAGCGGGAACAUUAAGCAGAUUUUAAAUCGAUAAAAUAAACCCAACCCCGUCAACAACCUCGUUUUCCAAACGCAGACACAAAUUGCAGGGAUUUUUCACAUUUUCUCAAAAAAAAUCUGCCAAAACUGCUGUUUUUCUUGUGGUUAAUUUAUAGAUUGUUUUUGUGCUUUCAGAACCAUUUAUUUACCAUGAGUAGCACAAGAUUGUGAUGUUAGGUAGCAAGGCAUUGACUAGAAGCCUUUUAGCUUUUUCUUUUUAGCUUUGCAGAUUCUAUAUAAAAGUUUUAGUGGUGACGCAUUCCUUAAUUUUUAUUGCAUCGGUAACCAUCAUUGUGGCCCUUCUGUAAUGCUUUCUUUAUAUCCAGUUUAACUAUAGAUCAAAUAUUGAUUUUUUUCCCCCAGAAAGUGGAUUAAACUUCACUGUAGAGCUGUUUGCACACCAUCCUUAAGUUUAGAUCAGUUAUCACACAUGAAAAGCUGACGCGUAAUACACUGUAGUAUUAUGUCUUAUACUGAUGCAAAUGUAUAUAAGCUUUAAGCUUUUAAUGUAGAUAAAUGGUAAUGCUACUAGCAGCAGAAUUAAUACAUGUGAAUUGUAGUCCUUAUAUUAGGGGUAACGGUAUACUCUUGAUAGGAUGUCAUUGCCUGUGAGUGUUGGUGUGUAUGUGUUUUUUAUUUACAUUUUUGUUAGCGGCAGAACGCAGAAAAAGUGUGUAUGCAACAAUAUCAAAAUUAUAUCAACAUGUUUAAGCCUCACUCACCGGGUGUGGAGCCACAAUGCGUUCGGGAUCAGGUGUGCCAGGUCAGAACUAUUUGUGUGGCAAAAGAAACUACUCUGCAAACAUUCAGAGCGCUGAUAGAGUGGUGCAGCGAUGUAUUUUUGUAAGCCAACCCUAAAGUGAGCAUCGCAAGGGCCCUCUUCAAAAAGCAAUGGGAUUGUUCCAUUGGGAUUCAGAAUACUGCAGAAUACUGGCAAACUCACAUUUAUGAUACUUACACAUUUUAUUCCGCAGGAUAAUCUCCACAUAUUUACACGUAAAUGUAAUCAACAGAAGCUAAAAGCUAACGUUAAGCUAAAGGCGAACUAUAUCACGGCUGUAAAUCCCUGCCACUAAGCUAAAGGUGGCUAAUUGACGUUUAGUAGUCUCAGUUAGCCAAUUGUUAGCAAAUGCUGUUUUAAUGAGACAUAGAAGCUUCGUACAUUCACCAAUGGGGUAUUUACUGACAUAUUUUAAGCCUGUGAUAACCACAGAACUUAUUUCAGGCAUCUAACCAAAAACACAUUCAAAAAAACAAUGGCUUCGAGACAAGAGAACAACAAGUGGUAACAUGCUAACUCCUUUCUGGGUUUUAGGGAUCAUUCCAGCACCACUCUAUACCAUUUGACCUUUAUUGAUUUACACACAUUUUGACUUGUCAAAACAAAUAAAAGCACAGGUGCAACCAAUAUAAACAAGAGUAGUGAUUCCGACAUGAACGGGUGUUACACUCAAUCUCAAAUUGUUAAUGACUCCGAAACAUACCUUUUGGAUCAGCCCCUAAACAUAUAAUGGGUUCUUGGCCUACCAACAUGAUCAAUGAAAAUUGGCUACAAAUUUGACCUUAAUCCAUAGAAAAACUGAUUUGAUAACCUAACGUUUGUGGUAGUAGUAGCUCACAAUAAGAAAAUGGUGGCUCUAUUUCAUGUUGGUGUCUUUUGAACAUGCCAGCACUUGUGAAUGGGAUCUAGCCAUUUCUAAUGUUAUUCAUUACACCUGUUUUUCACAAGUCAAAAUGUACACUGUGAUUUAGAAAAAACAACCUGUUCAGUGAAUUUAAGAGAACUGGCACCUAAAUAUUCCUAUAUGCCAAAAAAGGAAGUCAGUAAUCCUUGUAUUUCAGGAACAAUAACAUUCAUGAGCUAGCCUUCAAAAAAUCUAAUCUAUCCGAGUACACACAAUAUCCAGGUCUGAGUAAAAGAGGGUGAAUCUUUUCUUUUUGUUUUCACACUGUCUGUCCAGUUCAUGGACAUAUUCCUUUUGAUCUCAGUGAACAACACUUAAAGCCUUAAACUAUGUCAUAACUACUUUGCACCAUGUUUACAGUCGAAUCAUUGUACAGGUAUAUGUAUGCCCUCAUCACAGAUACUCGAUAUGCAAUAUGGCACUUUUUUCUUACAGGUGUAUUUGGGCUGAAUAGUGUAAUGGCUUGCACUGUUACAAGCAAGCACUGUGGGACUAUGCUCAUGUGUUGAUAACCAAUGGUUUGUAAAACUGCCUUUUGGUCCAGGGUCUUUAGAAAACAAACGUGAUGCAAGAAGUGGUUUUCAUUUAGUUUUUUGUUCUUUUGUAGUGUUUGCUUUAGUCGUCAUGGCCAUUUCUUGUUGUGGAUUUUUUUCUUUCUUAAUGGAACACCCUUCAUUUGUGCUUCCUGAUCUGUCUUCCUCGUUCACAUGUCAAACCAUCUCACUGUUGAUCUCAUGGGAAAAUUUCGUACACAUUCCUCCUCCAGAGGUUCGAUCUGUUGAUAGUUUUUGGUUGCUGCUGGCAGUAACCAUGAACAUACGGACUGUUUUAACAAAGGAACACACCAUAUACUCGUUUUUUAACGCCUUCAAAAUGGAAAUAUGACCUUCUAUCACCCCUCACAGAUGGGAGCGUCUUCUCACAAAGCUAUAUAUCACAUACAUACCUCACUGAUUCUUUUUUCUUUACAAAAUCCAUCCAUCCUGUUUUUCAGAAAUUCCUUUAAAGCCAUUGAGCCUUGGAUUUCCGAAGUUUAAUCAGCUAGAUGGUCUGCUAUGUACCCUAUGUCCUUAUGUGUGGUGGCAGACAGUGGCAAACACGCUACAAUGGUGCUGCAGAUUGUAAAACUAUGCAAAUAAAGAAACAUCUUUACAAACUUGACGACAAUUGUGCAGCAUUUAGAAAACUCACUAGCUUGACGAAAGCGCUGCAAACACACGAGAAUGGGAACCGGUUAUCUUGGUGAUGUUCGGGGGUUAUAAAGUUAGUCAAAUGUCACUCACUCGAAAUUUACCUAAAAUGUCAGUUUUUUGAUUCCUUCUGAUAUUACUGCAGAUCUGCUGUUAGCUAGUUAGCCAACGUGGCUAAGCUAGUCAUUUAAUGACAAAAUACUUACAAUUAUGAAACAGUCUAACUCUGCGAGAGUGACAGUUGGCCAACUUUAAAAUCCCUAAAUGUCAACAAAAUCCGGUCCCAGAUAUGUGCGCCACUUUUUAGUGUCCAUGUUUGUUGAGUUUUGAGGUUCUUGCAGCUUUUUUUAAAAAAAUAGUGCUUUAAACCUGUACAUGUGUUAUGUUGGUGAAGAUGUUUUUCUUCAUUUGCAUGUGUAUUGGAUAUAUAUUUGCAUCGUAUUUGAAAACGAGUCACGUUCAUCCUAAUGCAGCAUUUGCCCCUGUCGGCCUCCAUACUUAUCUUGUCUUUAUAUGCAACAUCACUACUACCUGUGCAGCAGAAUUUCCUUUUUCUUGCCUCAAUUUCUGUUAAUGGACAGUAGCAAAAUGAAUCUCUGGGAUAAAUCCAGCCCCUGGUUAUCUAUGGAAAAAACUCUUUAAAAGGGGUGUUUAGUAAGGAAGGAAGAAUACAUGUUGACUGUCAAUUAAUUGCAGAAUUUAAUUAGAAGAGCGUGGUCCAAAUCUAUAUGUUCAUAUCACUGAAUGUGGCUUGGUGACAGAUGAGCGUUUGGAUUUAAUUUUUGCAUAGAAAGACAAAUUCCUCGUCACCACACUAAUUCAGAUAUGCACAUUGUACAGAAAUGGAUUUUUUUUUUUAAUCGAUGCCUAAUUUUUACAUAAAUGUAAUUUUUUAAUAAUCCUCUUAUCAACGCUUUAGUUAAUGAGGAACUGUGGAACUACAUAAUUGCUGCAACAAGCUGUUUUGAUAUUUAUAUUCUCAGGUGUCUUCAAUUUUGAGCAUUGGACCUUCAAUAUUUCCUGUGCAACACCUAAGUACAAGCAUGUUUUUGUUUCUUUUGUUAUGCUGAUUAAUUUAUUCCAAAAAAAAGAAUAUGUAUCAAUUGUGUGGUUUAAUUAUUCUUUCAUAACUCAUUUUUGUGAUAUGGAGCAAAACUAAUAUUAAUGGUUCCAUUGUUUGCUUGACAUGAAAAUACCAGUGCUUUUUUAAGAAUAAAAAUCCUUAAGUCGA